AUGAGUACAAACGCAAGCACUUUAUUGUCAUCCAUAUACCCAUGCGUUAAAUGCCAAGUAUGUUACCAAGGCUACAAGCAACUUUUGGAGCACCUGUAUUGGCGGCAUGGUACGGAAAGCGUUUGGUGUAGCUGCGGUCUCAAGCGUUGGGUGUACGCCGAUCACCAAUGCAACGUGCUGCCUAUUGAUGAUGAUGAUAAUGAGUCAGUGUCGUCAGAAGACUCGCAGUAUUACUCGGAGCGCGAGACCGAGUACUGCUACUGCGGGAAAAAUAUCGCGUCGCCUAUGAUUGGGUGCGACGGGCCACAAUGCGCGUUGCAAUGGUACCAUUUCUCGUGUGUGGGUAUCACAAUCCCGCCACUUGGAGAUUGGCUUUGCCCGGAUUGCUGCAAGCAGAGAGUGAUACAGAAAUUAGACAAGGAUAAAAUACUGCAGACUUCAACUUGAAAUCAUCAUCCUCCUUUCGUUGUCCCGGCUUUUUGGCACGGCUCAUGGGAUCAGCUUGGCAAACUAAUGUUGGAAGAAAUACUACUGCGGUUAUGUACGAGUAUGUGUUGCUUAAGGAUCCUCGGCAAGCUCGGUUCUCCAUACAAACGUAGUUACGCUCUCAUUUUAAAACGACUAGCUAGAUAGCUCUGAAACUUUGUUCUUACAAUUGGAUAAGGUAUAUCUAUGUCUGUAAUUAGUUUAUGUAGCUUCAGAUACCAUAGUUAAAAAUAUACAGCGAAUUUAAGUUUUUCAUACAAAACUUGUUUUUGCUCCAUUUCGUUUGUUAUAUAAAUUGGAGCCAUGUAAACUAAUUUCCU